CUCGCUAAUCUUUAUGAAGGACUAAAAAAACAUACCACUAUUCAUAUCUCUUUUUCCUCUGCAUCGUCGCCAUUUUUAUACCAGAGAAACUAACUCCAAAUCCUCGCCCUCUCUCAUCUUCAACUCUUUACUCACCAUUCUCUCAAUCUUCUCUCAACAAAACCUUUAAUCGGUUGUUCAAUCUGAGUGUCAGGUUUCCCCAAUAUUCUCACAAUUUAGCCUCUCAAAUUGUUGCUACAUGUAGUACUAAAUCUCAUAUGUCUGAUUAUACUUUUCGGAAGAUCUAAUCGCUAUAAGCUUCUUUCUCCGUGGAUUUUGAUUCAGAAUGUACCAAACAAUGAGCCCAGAUAAUCUGGCUUCAACAAUAACAACAACCACAAGCAUAAGGAAAUCACAUCCCAGUAGUUCAAAACCAAUCAAAGAAGAGAAAACUCAGAAUAUUCCAGAAAAUGGAAGAAUUUCAAAUUCAACUUUUGAAGGAAAUUACAACACUAAUAAUCUUAAUGGGUCAAUUCAUAAACCUCAGAAUCAGCAAGAAAUGCAACAACAAGCUUCAAGUUCAUCCGCCGCUAACGAAAUCACCCCAAGUCUGCCACAAUGGGGGCCAUGGAAGAGAUCGAGAUGUUCAAGAACAGAAGGAAGGUCGCCGAUGUUAAAUGUGGUGUUGGAGAAACAUAACAAUCAUGUAAUGGCGCCGCCGCCACAUCUUCGUUUCAGUUCUGGAGCUUCAACGUCUGGAAAUGGUGGUAAAAAUGGAGGUUCUUCUCGGGUUAGAACCCAUGGGUUUGUUCAUGGCAAGGAAUCUUCCGGAUUUCUGGGUUCUAAAAACAGGAACCAAGUUGAUCAGACAAUUGCAACAAACAACGCUUCACCAUCAAGAAAUGGCGGAGGUAGUAGUAGCAGUAGCCGUCCAAUUUCAAGAUCUACGAUCGGGAAACGAUCUCCAUCAUGUAUAAACAAAGCUGAAAAGAUUACAAUAACAAAAGUAAAAUCAGAGGAUUCAAUAAUGGCUAACCAAUUAGAAUUAGGUGAAGGAGAUCAGCAUGAGCAGUGUUCUGGAUCCAUGGCUGCCGAGAAGAGUCGUGAAGUUAUCGAGUGGCCUAGGAUUUAUGUAUCCCUUUCUAGGAAGGAAAAGGAAGAUGAUUUUUACGCAAUGAAGGGUACUAAACUUCCUCAUAGACCUAAAAAGAGACCCAAAGCUGUUGAUAGAGCCCUCCAGUAUUGUUUUCCAGGUCUUUGGCUUUCAGAUUUGACGAGGGCUAGGUAUGAAGUCCGAGAGAGAAAGAGCGCAAAGAAGCCAAGGCGAAGGGGAUUAAAAGGACUGGAGACGAUGGAUAGUGAUUCAGAGUAGAGCCACAAAGCGAGUUAACGGAGGACGUGUUUGGCCGCCCCAACAGACAGGCAUAUGCUCUGUUAAUGGUGAGCUCUUUAGCCUGUUCAAGCUGCACCCUCUUAAGUUUCGGUGCUUGUGGUUACCAAUUACCAAGUAUUUUGAAUCUCUGGAGGGCCAAGGCAAAGCAUUGUAUCGGCCCUGCCCCUAAAGGAUCAUUUAUAAUUUGAGAGAAUAAUUCCGGGUCUGGGGAUCGGAGGCAGUAAAAAAAUGCCCAGCUUUAUUAUUAUAUAAGGUGAAGUAUGUUUUUGAUAUUAAAGCAAAUAUAUGCCUUCAUUGUUGAUCUGUGUACAAAUCUCAACUUACGGGAUAAUUUAAUACAAAAAAUCCCUUCUCUUGAAAUUGUUCCAAACAUUUAAUUUUUUGUUGUACUUUUUAAUGAGACAAUAGUCAAUUAGUCAUGACUCACAA